AUGGCAGCAGCCUACUUCGGCAAGAUCCAGAUAAGGAUCUACGUGGAGAUCAAGCGCAGCGAUGGCCGAAUUCACCAAGCUAUGGUAACAUCCCUAAAUGAAGAUAAUGAAAGUGUAACUGUUGAAUGGAUUGAAAAUGGAGAUACUAAAGGCAAAGAGAUUGACUUGGAAAGCAUAUUUUCACUUAACCCAGAUCUUGCACAUGAUGAAGAUAUUGAACCUAGUCCAGAGACACCACCACCACCUACUCCAGCAGCCAAAGUAAACAAAAUCAUGAAGAGUCGACGAACUGUGGCACCUAUUAAGAAUGAUACUCCUGCCAGAGAUGACAGAGUGGUUGGUUCUGUACGCAUGAGGCCUACUCAGCUUCCUGAAGAGUCUUCCUCCUCACAACAGAAUGGUAGUGUUUCAGAUAUAUCUCCAGUUCAAGCUGCAAGAAAGGAAUUUGGACCCCCUUCACAUAGAAAAUCUAAUUGUGUAAAAGAGGUUGAAAAAUUGCAAGAGAAACGUGAAAAAAGAAGGUUGCAGCAGCAGGAACUUAGAGAAAAAAGAGCUCAGGAUGUUGAUGCUACAAACCCAAAUUAUGAAAUUAUGUGUAUGAUAAGAGAUUUCAGGGGAAGUUUGGAUUAUAGACCACUGACAACUGCAGAUCCUAUUGAUGAGCACAGGAUAUGUGUUUGUGUACGAAAACGACCACUCAAUAAAAAGGAAACUUUAAUGAAAGAGCUAGAUGUAAUAACAAUUCCGAGUAAAGAUGUUGUGAUGGUGCAUGAACCAAAACAAAAGGUGGAUUUAACAAGGUACCUAGAAAACCAAACUUUUCGGUUUGAUUACGCCUUUGAUGACAUGGCUCCUAAUGAAAUGGUUUACAGGUUUACAGCUCGACCGUUAGUAGAGACCAUAUUUGAAAGGGGAAUGGCCACUUGUUUUGCAUAUGGACAAACAGGCAGUGGAAAAACCCAUACUAUGGGUGGUGACUUUUCAGGAAAGAACCAAGAUUGUUCUAAAGGAAUAUAUGCACUUGCAGCUCAAGAUGUCUUUUUAAUGAUAAAGAAGCCAAAGUAUAAGAAGUUAGAACUUCAAGUAUAUGCAACAUUUUUUGAGAUCUACAGUGGUAAGGUCUUUGACUUGUUGAACAGGAAGACAAAAUUAAGAGUGUUAGAAGAUGGUAAACAGCAAGUCCAGGUGGUGGGAUUACAGGAACGGGAAGUCAAAUGUGUUGAAGAUGUUCUUAAGCUUAUUGAAAUAGGCAACAGCUGCAGGACAUCUGGCCAGACAUCUGCAAAUGCACACUCAUCUCGAAGCCAUGCAGUAUUUCAGAUUAUUCUUAGAAGAAAAGGGAAAUUGCAUGGUAAAUUUUCUCUGAUUGAUUUGGCUGGCAAUGAAAGAGGAGCAGAUACUUCCAGUGCAGAUAGGCAGACCCGACUGGAAGGUGCAGAAAUUAACAAGAGCCUUUUAGCACUUAAGGAGUGCAUUAGAGCCUUAGGCCGAAAUAAACCUCAUACACCAUUCAGAGCAAGUAAACUUACUCAGGUGCUAAGAGAUUCAUUCAUAGGAGAAAACUCCCGUACCUGUAUGAUCGCUACAAUUUCUCCCGGGAUGGCAUCAUGUGAAAACACUCUAAAUACAUUAAGAUACGCAAACAGAGUAAAGGAAUUUGGAAUUAGUCCUUCGGAUAUUCCCUUCUCACAGGGUAGUGGCGGUCGCUCUGAUCUAUCUCCUUCCUAUGAGUAUGACAAAUUUUCUCCUUCAGUCACCAGGGUGAAGGAGCUGAUGGUUGAUCCCAGUGCUGCAGGAGAUAUCCAUCCAAUUAUACACCAUGCUUCCAAUCAGAUCAAUGAUUUAGAGACACAGUGGGGUGUGGGGAGCUCUCCUCAGAGAGAUGAUCUCAAACUGCUUUGUGAACAAAACGAAGAGGAAGUUUCUCCACAGUUGUUUACUUUCCAUGAAGCCGUGUCACAAAUGGUAGAAAUGGAAGAGCAAGUAGUAGAAGACCACAGGGCUGUCUUCCAGGAAUCUAUUAGAUGGCUGGAAGAUGAAAAAGCUCUUCUUGAGAUGACAGAAGAAGUAGACUAUGAUGUGGAUUCUUAUGCUACCCAACUUGAAGAAAUUCUAGAGCAAAAAAUUGAUAUUCUGACUGAACUUAGAGAAAACUCCUUAUAA